CCUUCCACUUCUCACUCCCAUCACUCUUCCAAUCACCAAUUUACUUGCUCUCCCUCCCCAGCAAAACCCUUCUCUCUCGCGACUUUUCUGUCACAACAAGCAACCAAACUUCCUUCCUGCUGAUUUCUUGAUUACUUUCAGAAACAAUACCUGAUAUGGCUCUGGAAGCAUUGAACUCUCCCACUACACCUACUCCUUCCUUCCCCUUCGACAACCCAAGCCUCCGCCAUCUAACGGAGCCAUGGGCUAAGGGAAAAAGAUCAAAACGACCGCGUAGCCUUGACCAUCCACAGCCCACUGAGGAAGAGUAUCUAGCUCUCUGCCUAAUUAUGCUCGCUCGCGGUGGCAAAGUAAACUUCAACCUCCCUUCUUCCUUUCCCUCUUCUUCCUCCUCCUCCACGGCUGCAGCAGCGGCGCCAAAGGCCUCUUUGCCGCCUCCGCCGCCUCAUGUUUCGACUUCCUCGGAUGUUCCUAAGCUCUUGUACAAGUGUUCGGUUUGUAACAAGGCUUUUGGGUCGUACCAAGCUCUAGGGCACAAAGCUAGUCAUAGGAAGCUUCCUAGCGGUGGCGGCGAUGACCAGCCGUCCACCUCCACCACUACGGUGACUACUACUAGUACUAGCGGCGUCGGCGCUGGGGUAGCGGAGACUCAUGAGUGCUCUAUUUGUCAUAAGUGCUUCCCUUCUGGACAGGCUCUGGGAGGCCACAAGCGGUGCCACUAUGAAGGCACAAUUGGCGGCAGCAGCGGCGGACACAGCGGACUUACUUCAUCUGAAGGGGUGGGGUCAACUAAUACACAGCCACCGGACUUUGACUUGAACUUGCCUGCGUGGCCGGAGUUUUGGUCCACUGAAGAUGAGGUCGAGAGCCCUCAUCCCGCAAAAAAAUCUCGCUUCAAUUUGCCAAUUAAAGUGGAGAACAUUAAAUACUAGUGGAAUUUGCAGUCUAGGUUGAAAUAUUCAUGUUAGCUUAUGGUGUAAAAUCAUUUAUUUUUUUCUUUUUGAUUCAUGGGAAAGUUUUUGUUUGUCUAUGUACAGAUGAACUUGUCGAUAGAGACAGUGAUCAAUCAAUUUAAUUCAUUUUUUCAUUAAUGCAAUUUAGACGUGUGUGUAGUGGA